AUGUCGGUAGAUAUGGCGGUAAAAGUACUAGAUGAGAGCAUUAACAAGGUUGUUCUUAUCAAGCUCAAGGGCGGUAAGACCAUCCGUGGCAGCCUGCUUGGAUUUGACCAGCACAUGAACCUGUUGCUGGAUCAGUCAGAAGAGAUUACUACUGACGGCGAUUCUACCAGUCUUGGUACCAUAAUUGUAAGGGGAGACAAUGUUGUAAUGAUCUCUCCACCUCCGGCGUAG